UCGGCUCUGGCUCGAGAGAGAAGGGAUGACUGCUGGCUUCAUUCGUGGUUCUUGAUCCGGAACUGGUUGUUUCGGGACCCCCGGAAGUGGCAGCUGGCGCGCGAGAAGCGUGUUCACUCCCCCCAAAGUGAAGGACUGCGGGGUGCGAGUGGCCAGGAAAAGGGCCCUUCGUAGAUGCUUUCCAAAACCUUGGCUAUGGAGUAUUUGGCUCAGCCUGGUGCACUCAGCUUGGCUGCUGGAGUUGCUUGUGGCAUGUGCCUGGGCUGGGGCCUCAGGGUGAGAUUUGGGAUGCCCCCCCCACGCUCGACAAGUGAGCACGAAGCAGAGACCAGAACUGAAGCAAGCAUCUUGGGAGAGAGUGGGGAGUACAAAAUGAUUCUUGUGGUUCGAAAUGACUUAAAGAUGGGAAAAGGAAAAGUUGCUGCCCAGUGUUCUCAUGCUGCUGUUUCUGCCUACAAGCAAAUCCAAAAGAGAAACCCUCAAGUGCUCAAGCAGUGGGAAUACUGUGGCCAGCCCAAAGUGGUGGUCAAAGCACCUGAUGAAGAAACCCUGAUUGAAUUGCUGACCCAUGCAAAAAUGCUGGGGCUGACUGUAAGUUUAAUCCAAGAUGCUGGGCGUACUCAGAUUGAACCAGGCUCUCGAACUGUCCUAGGAAUUGGGCCAGGACCAGCAGACCUAAUUGACAAAGUUACUGGUCACCUAAAACUUUACUAGAUGAGUUUUUGAGUGAUGAUAAUCCUGUCACAAAUGUUUGAAACCUGUCAAAUUAUAGUAAUAAAUGAAAAUAGAAUCUUGGCAAGAAUUGUUUUGUGGGGCCUAAAAAAUCAAUCUUGCUGGUUAAACGGUCUUCGUGGUUUGAGUAACAGAUGCUGAAACAAAUAAUGAAGAUGAGCAAAAUGUGUCAUGAUAAAGCUGUAUUUAAAAAGGAGGUAACAAGCUGGGCACUGCUGGCUCUCCCCUAUAAUCCUAGCUACUCAGGAGGCUGAGAUAUGAGGAUCGCAGUUCAAAGCCAGCCUGGGCAGAA